GGGGAAGGGGUGGCGGCGGAGAUCCCACGCAAGCAGCCAAUCCAGCUGUCCCGGGGAGGAAGAGGAGGAGCCAGGGCCCGCCCCGGGUCUCCGCACUGCCGACUCCCGCGCUGUGAGGUUGGCACAGCUGCAGCUCUUUGGCUCGUUUGGUUCCCUUAGUCCCGAGUGCUCGCCCACUGCAGCUUCCUUUCCCGUGCAGACAUGGCUUCAAGCACCACCACCACCGUCGUGAAGAUUGGAAUAAUUGGUGGAACAGGCCUGGAUGAUCCAGAAAUUUUAGAAGGAAGAACUGAAAAAUAUGUGGAUACUCCAUUUGGCAAGCCGUCUGAUGCCUUAAUUUUGGGGAAGAUAAAAAAUGUUGAUUGCGUCCUCCUUGCAAGACAUGGGAGGCAGCACACCAUCAUGCCUUCAAAGGUCAACUACCAGGCAAACAUCUGGGCUUUGAAGGAAGAGGGCUGUACGCAUGUCAUAGUAACCACAGCUUGUGGCUCCUUGAGGGAGGAGAUUCAGCCCGGCGAUAUUGUCAUUAUUGAUCAGUUCAUUGACAGGACCACUAUGAGACCACAGUCCUUCUAUGAUGGAAGUCAUUCUUGUGCCAGAGGAGUGUGCCAUAUUCCAAUGGCCGAGCCGUUUUGCCCCAAAACAAGAGAGGUUCUUAUAGAGACUGCUAAGAAGCUAGGACUCCGGUGCCACUCAAAGGGGACAAUGGUCACAAUUGAGGGACCUCGUUUUAGCUCAAGGGCAGAAAGCUUCAUGCUCCGCACCUGGGGGGCAGAUGUUAUCAACAUGACUACAGUUCCAGAGGUGGUUCUUGCUAAAGAGGCUGGAAUUUGUUAUGCAAGUAUCGCCAUGGCGACAGAUUAUGACUGCUGGAAGGAGCACGAGGAAGCAGUUUCAGUGGACCGGGUCUUAAAAACCCUGAAAGAAAAUGCUAAUAAAGCCAAAAGUUUGCUGCUCACUACCAUACCUCAAAUAGGGUCCAUGGAAUGGUCAGAAACCCUCCAUAGCCUGAAGCAGCUAUAAGGGCAAAGGAAAACAACUGAGUCUCAAGGGUUUGCCACAAAGAAGAAAUGAGAAUAUGAGGAACCCACAUGGGCCUGGAGAAGCUUGUGACAUUUUCUCAAAGGCUGUUUAUAGCCAAUGCCAUCACAAUACAAAUAAUUUUAAAAGAGUGAAGAAAAACAAAGGUAAGUAAGCUAGUUUGACUGAUUGCAGAAAUUACUCUCUAUGUUAUGAUCAAGUUCUAAAUUUGUUUCUGAAUUUUCUAGCUGCUAGAAAAAACAAAAAGGAAAAUAUGACAAAUGUUACAGUGUUUAAAAGUGGAAAUAAGGCAACAUGUUAAGUUCACAUGAAAUCCCUAAGUAAAAUGUAUAAGAAAUAGCUCUCAGUCCAGGUUCUUACAGGCAAGGAACAGGUGCCAUCUCCAGCUGAGUUAAGCAAAAAAGUAAUUCACUAAACAGAUAUUGCAAUAGCUCACAAAAUCAACUAGGAGGAACAGAAGUAUAGGCUCAAGGCUAAGACACUAGGAAAGACACACUGAAGCAUGUUUUAGAAUUGACCUGGAGAUAAAACAGCUUCCUCCAGUGCCACAGAUACUACCAUUCCCACCUGCAAAGCUGGUGUCCCCUGAAACUCUUGUUUCCUGUAGCUCAUGAGCCAGAUCCCAUCUGGUAGCUUUCAGUUCGAGAGUCUUAAGUCACACACCUAUGUGUUACCUGCAAAAGAGGAGGGAAAGAUAAGUAUUGAGUAUUUUUAGUCCUAUAAUGGAUCAUCCACCCCUGUCAUCCAAAUCACAUAUUUGCAAUAUUAGAAAUUCCCCAAACAUAAAAAGUAGUUAUACUGGUAGGCAAUGAAAACAACAUAACAAAUGUUGUGACAAUAACCAUACAUCAUCCACUUUCAAGUUUGCUGUAUAACCAAUCCUUAGAGAGACUUAAGUUUGCAAAUUGUUACUUGUACUCUUAUGAGCUUUCUGACUCAACUAUUCUCAAUCCAAUAAUGUAGUUAUAAUUCUACCUUUAUUUACUGUUUUCAUUCAGGGUUUUUAAUACAUCCGUAUAUGUAACUUUCUUGGAUCAAUUUAACUUGGUCAAGGUUGUUCUGGGAUCUACCAGAAUAGAACUCAGAAUGCCUGGAGGUGUGGAUAGAAUAGAAAAUCCUUUUUAUUACCUUUAAGGGCCGUUAAGAAAAACUGAAUUCACCAGAUACAAGAGCAAAUGAUUAGGGUAAGAACAUACAUAUCAACACAUUAUGCUUGUUUACUUUAAAAUGAAACUAUCUUCUAUAUAAAUAAAAACUGAAAUUCCCACCAAAAUGUAAAUAAUUUAAAAGGUAAAUUGUAAACAUUAUAAAAAUGCAUUGUGGAAAUUAUUAAUUCAACUAAAUGUACAACUAUCUGAAAAUGAGGCUGUGUUGUCUUCUCCUUAAGUAUAAUGAUCACAAAUGAGGAAGGAGGAUUGGAGGAUUUCCUGCUUCUUUCUGUAGCACUGAAUAGGGCCUGCUUUGUUAGAUGACUUCAAUUGCAGGAUAUUUCAGAAGGUGGAUACCUGGACUAUACUAUGUUUAGAGUCCAGCUGCCAGUGAGUCUGGGGGAGGCAUGCUUAGGCUUGCUGCAAAAUGAUGAUCCUUGGCUUUUGUGAACAAGUUAUCCUGAAAUAUAUAACACAAGAUAAAAAAAAGAUCUUCAAGUCCAACUCGGAAACGUCUUUUACUGAUAAUAUGUGGAAUUAGAAGAAAAUGCUUCUGGAUAGAGGAGAUGGAAAAUAUUGAACAGUCAUUGGGAGAAGAAAGUCCUUUUCAGCUUCUCACAUUGGUGCCACCUGUCCCAGAGACACUGUGAGCUACCACCCGGUAAUACUAAAACCGCUUCUCUGCUGGUCUUGUUCUGUUGAACACAGGCACUGUAUGAGUCACUUCCUGAAAAUAUUGAAGAGAGUCAUUGGGAGAAGAGUUUUUUUCAGCUUCUCACAUUGCUGCUCCUGUUCCAGAGACACUCUGAGCUACCUGCUAUAAUGAAAUGGGGAAAGUUCCCUUGCCUCCCUGGGUGUGUGAUGAGGGCGUGGCUCACUUCUUCAGUGCCCUGCUGCUCAAACCUCUAGGGGAGCAUACAGAUGGGCAGUUUGUGGAGCUCCGACCCCACGGCAGUGUCUAAGGGUGAAUAUUUACAGCUCCUGAAGCCCCAGUGGGCAUGUGUUACAGGGUGCUCUUUUGGUUUAGCCAUCUGUAGGCAGCUUAUGUUAGCUCAAUUAGACCCCCUUCCUUAUCACAAGGACAGAGAGGUUUCUGUAUCCCAGGUUCUUGUCUUGAUGUACUGGAAGAAUCACACGUGGACUUGGAGAAAUAGUGCAAGGUUUUAUUAAGUAAAAGUAACUCUCAGCAGAUGGGAGAGCCAGAAGGGAGAUGGUUUUCCCCUGGAGUCAGGCCACUCUGUGGCCUGGGCGUCCAGGGCUCUCCUCAAACUGAACGGCCAAAUUCCGCAUUGUUCUGCUGGUGGGCGGCCUUCCGGUGUGCCCGUGCCUGCCCUUCUCCACAUCAAGCCGCCUGUGUGUCCGCCUGCUAGGGUGUGUGUGUGUGUGUAGUAGGCACAGGAUGGGGGUGUGGUGCGGCAAGCCAGGGUGAUCUCGGGAAAUGCAACGUUUGGGCAGGAAAACAAACAUGCCUGUCCUCACCCAGCCCAAGGGGGUGGAGCCCUAGUCAGGGACUACACCCUCCUCUACCCAGCACUUCCCUUCCCUGCUUCCGUAUCAUUUAAAGGGACCAGGCUUUUCCCUUCUCAGCACCCUCGUAUCAAUAACAUCAUCAAAACCACUUCUCUGUUGGUCUUGCUCUGUUGAACCCAUACACUGUGUAAGUCACUUUCUACCACCAAUGCAGACAGGCCUCAGUAAUAGAACAGCAUGAACAAAUUAUCAUGACUCACUAAAAAGAAAAAUAUAUCAGCUAGUAUGAGACAGAAAACAGGGCAAAAAGAGAUUUAUCUGAUUCAUGAGAUUGUUUUAGUCAUUGUUGUUGCUGAUUAGUAAGGUUUUUUUUAACACCAGAUUUUUCAGCAAGUAAUUGUCUCAAUCUACUUAGAACAUCAUUAAGGUCAACAUAAUUUGUUCAGGGAUUAUAAUUUUAUGGUGGAAAAUGUCCAAAAUUGCUUAUAGCUAUUAUCAUUAAGUUUUUACCUACUCAUUAUUCCUUAGGGAAUAUGAAAUGGAAGAAGUGUUCUCUUACCCUUCUUGCAGGGCAUGUGGCAGGGGGAUGGCUCACCACUGCUCAGACCCCUAGGGGGACAGGCAGGCCACGGAGAGCGUUUUUUGGCCUCUAACUCCAUGGCAGUGUCCAGAGUUGAGUGUUUACAGCUCCUAACGCCCCAGUGGGCAUGGGUUACAGUGUGCUCUUUCAGUUUUGCCAUCUGCAGGCAGCUUGUGUUAAUCAGUUUAAUUAGACUCUCCACCUUUUGCAAGGACAGGGGCUUUUCUGUAUCUCGGGUUCUUGCCCUAGUGUAUUAGAAAAAGCAGAUCACACGUGGGCUUGGAGAAUGAGUGCAUAAGUGCAAGGUUUUAUUGAGUGGUGGAAGUAGCUCUCAGCAGAUGGAUUGUGAGCCAGAAGGAGAAUGGAGUGGGAAGGUGGUCUUGCCCUGGAGUUGGGCCACUCUGCAGCCAGACUCUCCUCUAACCAGCUCCAAGCAAAUUCUGCAUCUCUUGCCAUAGAUGGCCUACUGGUAUCCGUUUGUGUGCUCUAAACUCCUCUGCUCCUCUGAGCAUCCAGUUGCCUAUGUGUUUGCCUGCUAGGGUUUCAGGGUUUUUAUAGGCACAAGAUGGGGGGCGGGGGUGGUGCAUGGUAGGCUGGAGGGGUCUUGGACAAUGCAGCAGUUGGGCGUGAAAACAGGAGUACCUGUCUUAAGUUUGUGGGCACAAGCCCAAGGGUGGAGCCCUCGCCGGGGACCCCACCUUUCUCUACCCAGCAUUUCCCUGCCCCCUUUGUGUAUCAAAUAGACUACAUUUUAAACAUAAGGCAAUAAAUUAAAAGCAGAGUACAUUGAAAAUAAGUUUAAGUUAGUUAUGUUUCUCUCCGCCAACUUUAAAAAACACACAAACACACAUAAUAUCACUGCCUUUUCCAGGAAUAUGGAAGACUAGAAAAUAGAAACAUUUUUUACUACAAGAGGUUAGAAAUGCUGAACAAAAAAUGUCACAAACAUUCUGUUAAGUGCAUAGGUAAGAGUUCAGUAAAGUGAAAUAAUUCGCAAGUGACCCAAAACAAGUGGAAAACAGCACUAAGAGAGUAAGAAGGAGAAGCUUCUGAUAUGAGGAAUCAAGAUUUGGGUUAUACCAGCUGCUCCCUGAUGGAGACAAGACUUUUCGAGACUAAGAAAACAAGGACUCAGAAUUGAAACCCCCACACAGAAUCAGAUCAUUUGAAGAGCUAUACACUGAUGGCUAGGAGGUCCUAGAAGAUAUUGCAAAGGGAGAUGGCAACACUUACGUUACCACAGUCGCUUUGGGUGGGGAGAAAUAUUUUGUAUAAAAGUCUGCUUUCUAAUAUGUUUGGUAUUUAUUUUAGUUACAUGGUAUGAGUACCUUCAAGCUAAGAAAGUAAAUGAAUAACUGGUUACAAAUUGGUAGUAUUUCUGUGAAGCCAGAAACAAACAGAAGCAAAAUGUUCUGAAAGAAUUCACCUGAAACCCAGACUACACAAGAUUUCUGUAGGGAAAGCACUACUUAAAAUGAACUCGUCUUCCAAAAUACAAAACAAAAGGGAACAAUCUUUGAUGCACAAAUGUUAGCAGAAGAAGAGAUAGAAUUAUCAGCUCAAAUUUCCAAAUAAGGAUAAGAUGUCAAA